AUGAAAGAUUUUAUAGAUAAAAACGCAAAACAUGUUUAUGAAAAGUAUAUAGAAAAUAAAAGUAAAAAUGAUAAUAAUAUAAUUGAUAAUAAUAAAGAAAGUUUUCAUACAAAUGUGAAUUCAAAUAACCAUAUAUAUAAAAUGAAAAAUUGGUUAAAUAAAAAAGAAAAAGAUAAUAGUAAGAAAAGUGUGUUGAAUAUGGAUAAAACAUAUAAAGAAGAAGAUGAUAGAAAUGUAUAUUAUAAUAAUGAUAAUAUGUCUGUAGAUAAUAAUUAUAAUAAAGUACUUAAUGAUGAUUAUAUAAAUAAUGAUAAGAAUAAAAUAAUAUUUCAUCAUUUUCGUAAUACAGAAAGGAAAACAUAUUAUAAUGGUAUGGUCAAAGGUAGAGAAUUGUUAUAUAAAAAUAUAAAAAUGACUGAAAAUAAAACUAAUCCAAUAGCUAAUAUUAAUUUAACUAAUUAUUUAUUAGUACCUGAUGAAAUUAGACAUAAAUAUACAAAAACAUAUUUAUUUCAAAUAUCGAAAAGAUUAUUAGUUAUGAAAAAACCAUGGAGAUUACCAAAAAAUGUAGAAUUACAAAUAAAUAAUGUAUAUCAUUUAUCAAAUUAUAUAAAAGUUUUAGAAAGAAUAGCUAGUGAAUAUUUAAAUGAUCCACCUAUUAAUUAUUAUUAUAGAGGUUUAGAAUUAUAUAAUAAAAAUGUUUUUGCAAAUAUAGAUUAUUUAUUAAAAAAAGUAGAUAUAAAAGAAGAUACUAAAACUGUUCAUUUAAAAAAUCUUAUUAAAAUAAAUGAAUAUUAUUAUGAUCUAAGUACAUUUGGAAAAUCACCUAAUACUAUAUUUUAUCAAUCAUAUGUUAUUUUAGAUAUACAUUCUAAUACAUUAACUUUAGAAGAUGAAUAUGAAAACCUUUUUGAUUCACAAAUAUUAAAUUAUGGAUAUGGAGAAAAAGAAUAUCCUAAUUUAAAAUAUUUAUUAAGUAUAUGUAGUUCUAUUUUAUUUUGGUUAAAUUUUAAUAAAAAAGAUAAUUUUGCAAUUAUUAAUUAUCAUAAAAUUAGUUCUUUUAUUCUAUUAAUUUUUUCAUGUGCUAUGCUAGCCAUUGAUAAUUCUUUAACAUUUGAUCAAAUACAAGAAAUUCUCUAUAAGUCCUCAAAAAUUAAUAGUAAUGAUAAUGAAGAUGAUAAUACUAAUAGUGAUACAUCUUCGAAUUAUUUUUCAAAUCAAAUUCAUAAUAAUAAUAAUAAUUCCGAACAACACAAAAAUAAUGUACAUGACAAAAGGGAGAAUACUUAUAGGAUGGAUAAUCACACCAAUCAAAAUGAUAAUAAUAAUAUUAAUAAUAUUAAUAGUAAUAAUAAUAGUAAUAAUAAUAAUAUUUGUCAAAAUGAAAAAAAACAUGAUGAUAUUUUUCUUAAUAAUAAUUUAUUAAAUCCUAAAUUGAUAUCUAAUGAGAAAAGGGAAUGCCUUGAAGUAAAUCCAAAUUUAUAUCUACCCACCAAUAAUUAUUUUGAAGAAACUAAAAUAAACAAACCAAUAAAUAAAGAUGAAAAAUGUAGUGAAUCUACUACUGAAUACAAAAAAAAUUAUGCUCAUAAUUAUAAUGAAAAUAUUCCUCAUACAAUAAAUGUAAAUAGAAAAAAUGUACUAUAUGAAAACGAAUUUGAUGAUAUCAAAAAUAAAAAAAGUAAAGAUGAUAAAGUUUCAAGUACAUCAUGCGGUAUGGAUUCAUUAAAUAAAGACACUAAUAAAACAAAUAAUAAAUUUAAAGAUCAUCAUUUCUGGAUCCCUUUUGAUUAUUGGAAGGCAUCACAUAAAAGAUAUUUUCAUUAUAUGUAUGAUUUAAUAAAGAAUAAAAAUAAAAGAGUUGAAAAUAAUCCUUUCAAAAUAAAAAGUAUUAUAUUUACAGAUUAUGCCCCUUGUUCCGUUUCUAUUGAGAUUUAUGAAAUUAUUUAUAAGGAUAAUUCGGAAUUGAAUUCUGACCUGCUUUCUGAAAGUGAAGAAAAUUAUGAAAGUGAAGAAAAUGAUGAAAGUGAAGAAAAUUAUGAAAGCGAAGAAAAUUAUGAUAGUGAAGAAAAUUAUGAUAGUGAAGAAAAUUAUAAAAGUGAUGAAAAUUAUAAAAGUGAUGAAAAUUAUAAAAGUGAUGAAAAUUAUAAAAGUGAAGAAAAUUAUGAAAAUGGAGAAAAUUAUAAAAGUGAUGAAAAUUAUAAAAGUGAAAAAAAUCACAAAUGUGAUGAUAAAUAUAUAAAUAUAAAUACGAAUAAUUUAAACGGUUCCGAUAAGGUUCAUCCAAGUAAUAAAACUUUAAAACAUUAUUCAUUUCAAAAAGAUGGGACAGGAAUGAAAUAUGAGGAAAAAGGCUUAUGGAUUUAUUCUGAUAGGGAAAAAAAAUUAGUUCCUGCUGAGAGAAUAGCAAAAGAUGAAUUCAAAAAAUGUUCAAACGAUGAAAAUGUUGAUAAUACUAACAAUAGUGAUUAUAAUAGUGAUGAUGAGGAUGAUGAAAAACAUUUAUGUGAGUGUUCAAUAAAUAAACAUCACGGAAGGAAAAAAAAAAAUAAAAAAAAAAAAAAUAUAAAACUAAGCGUAGAGCAUUUUAAUCAAACUGUUUAUCCAAAUGAAAAUAUUAAAAAUAUUAAAAAUAUUAAAAAUAUUAAAUAUAUUAAAAAUAUUAAAAAUAAUAAUAAUUAUAUAAACAUAAUAAAUAAUAAGAUAUAUAGAAAAAAUUUUAGUUGUAAUGUACCAAGUCUUGAAACCAAACAAGCAAACCUUUUAGAUAUAAAUAAUACACCUAAAAUAGAUUUUGAUAUAUCCCAUUUAAAUCAAAAAGAUAAUAAAAAAAAGAAAAAAAAAAAAAAAAAAAAAAAUAGUGUAGUAGGUAUAAAUUAUCAAAAGGAUAUACCUUUUAAUAAUAAAUCUUUAAUAUGUUUAUCUGAUAAUAAAAUUAAUAGUUCAAUUAAUACACUUAAUGUAUUUAAUGAAGAGGAUUCAUUAACAUCUAUAAAUCAACAUUCUGAAAUACAUUCUAGAGUACAAUCAGAAUUUGAUAAAGUUGAAAAAAGUGUAACUCAUUUAUGGAGUAACUCUAAUUUCCCAUUAGAAAAUAAAAUAAAAAAGGUAAGUUCUGUUUUUUCUCCUAGAACUAUUAAUUCAAAUUCAUCUUGUAAAUCUAUUUCUUUUGUUGAUAAAUUGACAAGUUCUAAAAGAGAUGAUGUUAGUUCUGGUAGGAGUAUACAGACAAGUGAAAGUAAACAAUCCUUUUCUGAUAACCAUAAAAAUAUCAUAUAUGAUAAUUUUGAUGAGAAACAAAAUAGUUCACUUUUUUAUAAUAAAUCGCAAAUAUUUCAUAAGGAUGAAAAUAAUAUGAAAAAUGACUUUAGCGAGUAUUUACAAAAAAUGGAAUCAAAAAGAAAAACAACACAACAAAUACAUCAGCAACAAGAUAUAAAACAAAAUGUAGAUGAAUAUUAUCAUUUGAAGAAAGACAAAAAAAAAAAUAAUAAAUACAAAUUAUAUGGAUUAUUAAAAAAUAAUUACAUAAAGGGUAAGGAAAAAGAUACAAAUGAUAAUGAAGUUGAAAAUAUGUCCAAUAUAAAGCAUCAUAAUUAUUUAGAUGAAAAUAUGAAAAAGAAAAAAAAAAAAAUAAAAUCAGAAGAAAAAGGUAAAACAAAUUCAUCCAAAUGUGGAUAUGAAUAUUUUUUAAAAUGUAAUCCUAUUAAUUAUAAUGUAGUGUCAUCUUAUGAAAAAAAUAAGAAAAAAUAUAUCACUAUUGAUUUUACUCACGAUGCAGAAGGUAAUUCAAAAGAACAUAUAAUAUGUGGUGAUAUAUUGAUAUUAAUAGGACAUAAAAAUAUAGAGAAAUUUCAUAAAGGAUUUUCAAGUUCAUAUUCAUUUCAUACUGGUUUUUUAAAAAAAGGAUCAUCAGAAAUUCUUCAUCUAAAAAAAGAAGAUAUGGAUAUAAAUAUUAAUUAUGAUAAUUAUAUUCCUGAUAAUAUGAAAAUAUCAAUUAUUCUAGAUGCAGCUACGAAAGAAGAUUGUUUAAGGUCAUAUAAAAAAACCUUAAGAAGUAAUAACAAAAUGGAAGAAUUAGAAGCUUUGAAAAACUUAGAAAAAAGAAAAUCAUUUGUUUUAAAUGAUUCUGAAAGUGUAAUAAAUAUGUUACGUGAUUUUCCUAGUGAAUUUUCUCCAUCAGAAAAAACGUAUGAAUAUUUUGAGAAAAUUAAUUCGAUAGAAAAAAUGAUAAAAUGUGGAAGGAAGUCGGAUGUUACAAAUGAAAAUUAUGGAUCUACCGAAAAUAAUGAAAGUUUAAAGGAGGUAGUAAAAAAUGAAAAGAAUAAAAAUGAAAUAGAUGAUGAAAGGGAUAAAAAUCAAAUAGAUGAUAAAAAGGAUAAACAUAAAAUGGAUGAUGAAAGGGAUAAAAAUCAAAUAGAUGAUAAAAAGGAUAAACAUCAAAUAGAUAAUCAAUUUAAUAAACAUCAAAUAGAUGAUGAAAAGGAUAAACAUCAAAUAGAUAAUCAAUAUAAUAAACAUCAAAUAGAUGAUAUAAAAAACAAUAUUGUUGAACAAAAUAACCAAAUAGCUAACAAAACAAAUAUCUAUGAAUCCAUUGUUGAAAAACAUUAUUAUAACCAUUCAGAUAUUGAAACAAAUAAAGAACAAAAGAUUGAUAUACAAUAUAAUAUUGAGAAAAAUCAUUUUGAUAGUAUUCAAAAUGAUCCACUUGAAGAAAAAGAAAAAUUAAAGAAUACAUAUAAAAAACAUCAUUCUUUUAGUAAAGUUAAAGAAUUAUAUGAACAAGAAAGUUUAAAUAUAUAUAAUAAAAAGAAUUUAGAUUUUAAUUCGAGAUCUCAUUAUAAUGCUUAUUCUGUUUUUAAUGAAAAAGAACCUACCCUAAAAUAUAAUGCAACUAAUAUAACACAAUUGUUAACCUCUCUAUUUGGUUUUAGAAAUAGAGAUGAUAAAUAUUCAUUAAAUAAAAAACAAAGCAUGUGUUCAUUAUUAACUUCUAAGAAAUCAUAUUCGAAUAUAAUUUCUCUUAAAGAUUAUUUGCAAAGACAAUAUGAAAUAAUCAUUAAACCUGGUGAGAAUAUAACAUCAUUUGUUAAAAGCCAUGUCAUAAAAAUAAAUGUACCUUUAUUAAAUUUUUUGAAAAAAAUAACGAAUCUUUCGAAUAUUAAAAUUCAAUUAUCUUUGAAAUUAUGUAAUAAUGACCUUAAUAAAUCAUUAAAUUUUAUUGUCUGUAUGUGGGGAAUUAAUAUAUUAAAAAAAAAAAGCUCUACAAAAUAUUCCUCUAGUUGGAAUCAAAUACCAGAAUAUCGUAGAGAGUUUAAAAGAAUUUUAGGAUAUAAUAAUUUUAGUAGUAAAUCAUCUCUUGACACAUCUAAAUGUGUAAAUAAAGUAGAUAGCGUAAGUGAAAUGGAUAGUGCUAAUUAUACUAAUAUUUCCUAUUAUAAAAUGUUAAAGGAUGUUAAAAGUUUGUAUGAUGAAGGUUCAAAAAAAAGAGUACACACUGAUGAAUGUAUAUAUAGAAUUGAAGAAGAUGAAAAAAACAAACAAGAAAUUAAUAAUAAUUAUAUUUUAUCUCUUUUGAGGAAAAAAGAGAAAAACGAGAUAGAAAAACGUAUAAUAGAUAAAAAAGAUAAAAUAAAAGAUGAAAAAGAAACGGAUUAUAGUCCUAAGGAUACAUCAUCUGAUAUUACUACAAGUACAGAUAUGAUGAAAUUUACACAAGUGUAUAUAAACAAAAAGGAAAACAAAGAAAAGGAAGAUAAUCAUGUACAUAAUAAAAUAAUAAAAUCUGAUAUUGUUAUGAACAAAAAAGAGAAGCACGAAGUAAAUAAUAUAGAAGAGAUACAAAAGAAUGAUACAGAUAUAUUGAUAAAUAAUGAUGUGAAUAAAAAUAAGAAUGAUAUGUUGAAAGAUGCUGAUAAUUAUAUUAUUAGUAAUAAUAACAACAACAACAAUAAUAAUAAUAAUAAUAAUAAUAUUAAUAAUAAUAAUAUUAAUAUUUCUUUAAAAAAAACAAUUGGAGAAAGUAGCUUUUUUUAUGCUAAAUUACCAAGUGGGGAACUUAUCAAAUUAAAAGUAAACGAUUCGAUAGAAUUAAGUACUCAUGAUAGCAUGCCAUUAUUGUUAGUUGAACCCAUAGAUGAUAUAACUGAUGAAAAAAAAAAAUCCUUAACCGAAUGGAACCUUCUUUCAAAAAUGAACUCUCAAACAUUUAGUAAAGAAAAUACAAUGAAUGAUAAUAAUAAUUUACAUAAAGAUUCUAUUAUUAACGAUUUAGAAAUAAUGUACAAUAAAUUGAAUAAGAAGGGUAGUAUUGAAUCCACAUUUAGUAUGGAAAGUGAAGGAACUGUAACUUCUAGAUUGUCACCUUCUCUUCCCGGUGAAUCAUUAACGUCUUUAGUAAAUAUGAAGGACAAAUAUGUAAAAGACGAAGACGAAAAAAAAGAGUUAAAAGUUGUAGAUAACAAAAAAGAAAUAAAAAUUGAAGACGAAAAAAAAGAGUUAAAAGUUGAAGAGGACAAAAAAGAGCUAAAAGUUGUAGAGGACAAAAAAGAGCUAAAAGUUGUAGAGAACAAAAAAGAAAUAAAAAUUGAAGACGAAAAAAAAGAGUUAAAAGUUGAAGAGGACAAAAAAGAGCUAAAAGUUGAAGAGGACAAAAAAGAGCUAAAAGUUGUAGAGGACAAAAAAGAAAUAAAAAUUGAAGAGGACAAAAAAGAGGUAAAAGGUGAAGAAAAAAUGGAUGAAAAACAAAAUAAUAUUACAAGUGAGGAAAACAAAACUGCAAACGAUAAACAAAUUAAAGCGAAAGCUAUUGAAGCCUUACUUAAACAAUCCAAAGCAAAAAGACCACCCCCUCCAUUACCUGCAGCACUAUUAAAAUCAGUGAAUGUAGCAAAGGAAAAACCUGAAAUGAAAGAAGAAGAAAUUGUGAAAACAGAGAAUAAUACGAAAUUAGCCUUUACAAAAAAAGGAGGGAAAAAAAUCCCAGCUCCACCACCAUUUUUACUAAAAAAAAUGGGAGAUAAAUCCAAGUGUGUUUUAAAAAAAUGUCCAGAAGCUUUUGGUUUAAAAAAAGCAGCUAAAGUUCCAGAAAAACGUCCACUAGGAAUAAAAUUACAUUGGCAAUUAUUACCUACUCAUAAAAUUGAAGGUACAGUUUUUAAUGAAAUAAAAAGUCAAGAAGUAAAAUACAAUUUGAUUGAUACCAAAGCAGUACAUAAAUUAUUUGCAAGGGUAAAAGGAGAAAAGAAAAUUAUAAAAAAAAGUAUAGAUGAUAAACAGAAAAAACCAGAAGAAAAAUUAGUUACAGUAUUAGAUAGGACUAGGGCACAAAAUAUUGGUAUAUUAUUAAGAUUUCCAAUGAGUACUCAAGAAAUUGUUGAUAAAAUUAAUUCUUUUGAUCUGACAGAUUUGAAUGUAGACUUUUUACAAAAAGUAUUACAUAUUAUUCCAUCAAAAGAAGAAUGUGAUGGAAUAUUACAAAAAUUAGAAAAUGAGAAAAUAAAAGCAGAACAAUUUAGAGAUGUUGAAAGGAAAUUAAUACCAUUUGUAUAUUUAGAUAAAUGUCAAAGUAAAAUACAAAUAUGUUUAUUUUCUUUAAAAUAUGAUAAAAUGAUUAAUGAAAUAAAUAAAGAUUUAGAUAUAUAUGAUAAAGCUGUAAAAGAAGUUAGAUCUAGUAUACGAUUAAGAUCUUUAUUAAAAGCUGUUUUAAAAUGGGGAAAUUAUGUAAAUUAUGGUAUUAAUGAUAAUGAAGAUUUAGUUGCAUUAGGAUUUACUUUAUCAUCUGUUUUAAAAUUAAGUGAAUUUAAAUCUUCUAUUGAUAGUAAAAUAACAUCUUUACAUUAUAUUACUGUAACAUUAUGUAUGUAUCUUCCAAAUUUAAAUAUGAACUUAUUAGAAAAUGAUUUGUUAUCUGUUUUGACAGCAUCCAAAAUGUCUUCUGAAGCUAUAGAUAUUAUUUUCUCCUCCUUAGAAAAAGAAAUUACUUAUAUAAAAGGACAGAUAAAAACCAACUAUGAAGAAAAAUUUAAAGAAAAAAUGAUAUCUCUAUUAGAAGAUAGUGAACAAAAAUAUAAUACAGCACAAAAACAAUAUGAACAAACUAAAAAAGAUGUUAAUGAAUUAGGUAUAUACUUAGGUGAAGAUAUGCCAAAGAAUGGUAAUUUAGAAAAUAUUUUUAUGAUCUUAUCAUCAAUUGUAGAUAGCUUUACAAAAUGUUAUAAAGAUAUUUUAGCUAACCCUAAAAAAUUUUCAAUCAUGUUAAAUGACGAAAACUUGUUAGAUGAUUAUUAUAAUGUUUUCUGUAAAGGUAAAAAACGACCUAUCAUCAAAAUGAAUAGUAUAUCUACAAAAUUGGAUACUAAAGAAGAUGAUAUGAUCAAAAAUAAAAGUAUCCCAGAUAUUAAAAUAAAAAUUAAUAAAUCAAAAAGUGUCAGUCUAAAAAAAAAUGAUCACGGAAAAAGUACCAUGUUUCAACUAAGAAAUCAAUUAAUGCAAGAUAUACAAAAUAGAUCCAUUCUAAAAAAGACAUUUGCAUUUUCUAAUACAUCAGGAAAUGGAUCUUCUUCUAUUCAACCUACUCAGCAAAAUGGGAAGGAUAAUAGUAUAGUAAAAAAUGAAGCUGAACAAAAUAUUAAAAAGGAGGAAGAAUUAAAAAGUAAUAAUGAUAACCAAAUAAAGGAAGUCCAAACGUUAAAUGAGGAAAGUAAAAAUGUAAAUGAAAAAAAUAUAAUGAAUGAUGUAAUAACUGUGGAAAAUAAUUCUGAUGAGAAGCAAAAUAAAAAUAAUAAAGUGGAAGAUAUAAAUAAUACAUAA